UGGGCGGGCGGACUAGCUGGGGGCAGGUAGAAGAGCCCUUUGCUGCUGGAGUUGAGUGUUGGGUCCCCGAGGCUCUGGUGACUGCUGGGACUGCCGAGGAGGCAGCGGCUGCGGCCAAGGGACCGGUCCCGAGAUGGCAGAACGUGCGCUCGUCCCUCCUUCUGAGAGUGUCCCCCGACUGACUCGCCCGCCCUCUCCGGCUGCAGACGUCGGGGCGUCCGCGGCCUUAAGUGAGAAACAAUCCCCUCUGCUGCCUUCCCAGCAGGGGGGCGUGCAGCCUGACCACCAAAACGAGGGGAACCCCGCUACUUCCCAAGAAAUGGCUGCUUCUUUUUUGAAGACUUCAUCUCUUUCUGUAAGAAAAAAACUCUUACAGCAAACUGGCUUUCCACUGUAUAGCACUUCUCACGUUUUCCAUGAGGAAGAUAUCAAAAAGAAACUUCAGCAGUUUACUGGUGGAUCCGUUGACCUUCGUAAAGAAGACUGUGGCAUUGGCAUUCUCACUCUUAACAACCCAAGUAAAAAGAAUGCAUUUUCAGGAGUUAUGAUGCUACAGCUUCUGGAGAGGGUGAUUGAACUAGAAAACUGGAAAGAAGGGAAAGGCCUUAUUGUCUGUGGGGCAAAAAACACUUUCUGCUCAGGAUCUGAUUUGAAUGCUGUGAAAGGUCUGGGAACCUCACAGGAUGGAGUUGAAUUAUGCAUGUUCAUGCAAAACACCUUAACAAGAUUUAUGAGGCUGCCUUUAAUAAGUGUUGCUUUGAUUCAAGGAAGAGCAAUGGGUGGAGGAGCAGAAUUAACCACAGCAUGCAAUUUCAGGCUAAUGACUCCAUCAAGUGAGAUCAGAUUUGUCCAUAAAGAAAUGGGCAUAAUACCAAGUUGGGGUGGAACUGCUCGACUGACUGAAAUUAUUGGCAGCAGACAAACCCUCAAAGUGUUAAGUGGAGCUCUCAAACUGGAUCCUACAGUAGCCCUAAAAAUAGGAAUAGCUGAUGAGAUUCUGCAAUCUUCUGAUGAAGAUCAGUCUUUACAAGAAGCACAAAGAUGGCUACAACAAUUUAUUAGUGGUCCACCAGAAGUAAUUAGAGCUUUGAAGACUGUAGUUUCUUCAGGAAAAGAACUUGCUUUAGAAGAGGCAUUAGAGACCGAAAGAGAUGUUUUAAGCACCCUUUGGGGUGGACCUGCUAAUUUGCAGGCUAUUGCUAAACAAAUAAAAUUUAACAAGUAGUCAGUAAAGAACAUGAUACUUUGAAAACAAACAUUUCCAACUGCAAAAAUGUUUAAAAAACAGAAACAUAACAUAUUGAAUUAAAUAUAAAUAGGCCUUAGCAAUUUUUCUGUUGGAAAUAGGAAUUAUGAAUUUGUUACUCUAAUCUGUUUAAAAGUAUAUUUUAAAUCAGAAAUUAUACUGUUGCCCUGAAAACUGUCAAAAAUUGUUUUAUUUUUCAUUUAACAACUAAGCUCAGAAGACUAAAGACUAUUUUUCAUUCUUUUCUUAUCUACCAAUAUUAUGGACCCUCAAUAUAACACAUUUCUUUCCUCUUAGAAGUAAGGUAGGGUGGGUACAGGUGCCAAAUAUUGUGUGUGUGUGUGUGUGUGUUGUGUGUGUGUGUAUAUAUACUGGCUAAUUAAAUUGUUAGUUUUGCUGUGUUUUUCUUUGUUAUAAAGGAUAGUUAAAUGAGACGGGCAUAUUGAUUAAUGACUGGUGCAAAAGAAACAAGGGCCAUUAAUAAAGCUUUUUAGAAAUCUGUACAAAAAGAGCAGCAUUAUGUAACACAGGAAACUGGAUUUUAGAAUUAGAAAGAAUUCAAACCCCACAUUAGAAACUACCUGUGAUUUGUGUAACCCUGCACAAGUCUCAACCGUUUUGUGCCUCAGUUUCAGUCUGGAAAAUGAGGAGGCUACACUGUGAUCUUUAAGGUCCCUUCUAACUCUGUAUCUAUGAUCCAGUGAUUAAUUAACAAAAAAAAAAAUUCUCUCUAAGUAUGUAGAUCCCUCCAACCUACUGAAAGAUAAAAUGCUAGUUUUACACUGGUGGAACAUUUUUGCUUAUUGGUAUGUUAAUGUCUGUUCAGUUAAGACUAUACCACAUUACCUGCAGGGCUAAAAACUUUAGCUUUCAUAUAAGAGAAUCAAGGAAUAAUCUUAACAGAAACUGUGCUGGAAGGAAACUCAGGUUCAUUUAGUCCAAACCAUAAAAGAAUAUAGUACCUAUCUGCUAUAAUAUGUCCCAACAAGUUUUCAUAUACUCAGAAAUGGAGAAUGGGCUCUGACAGCCCAUUUUAUUUCUAGAGAAGUUUGGAAGUUUUCACUAACUUGAGUUGUAACCUGCCUUGUCUGCAAUUUCUACCCAGUGUUCCUUGUAUACUCUCCCUAGAGCUAAAUAAACCAAGACUAAUGCCACCUCCUUAUGGCUGCCUUUCAAAAACUUAGCGAUAUUCGUAUUUUUAUUCCCACUGUCUUUUUUUUUUUUUUACCUACUCCAGAAUAGAUUCCCUAAAUCCUUCAACUAGUACCUGCAGGCAUGGCACAGCUUUGAGGUUCCUCAUCAUCCUCUGAACUUGCUUCCAGUUGUCAAUUUCCAUCCUAAAAUAUGACACCCAGAAAUGAACUCCAUUUAGCCUGUUCAGCAUAGAUUACAAUACGACUACAACUUCUUCCAUUCCAAACCUAGUUAUCCAUUAAUGCAAUGUAAGCCAAGUUUAAGUUUGUUGGCUAUCACUUCAAACUUGACUGCUUAAACUUGGUCAGUAAUCUCCCUUGGUCUUUUUUUAUAUAAACUCUUGCCUAGCCACAUCUUUCUAAGCCUGUACUGUGGUUAUUUUUAAAUACAUAUUAGGAUUUUAACUUUUAUUCCUAUUCAAUUUUUUGGUUUUAGUUUUGGGCUCACUGUCCUAAUUUGUCAAGACCUUUUUGGAUCCUGAUUUAUUAUCCAAUAUUUUAGCUGUCUUAGUUUUGUUAUCCACAAAAAAAGAAUAUGGGAAGUAAAUGAUUUACAGUGUCUAUUCUAUAGAAUGGACUGGGCUAAGUGUCUAUAAAUAUUUCAUUUGAUCCUCAGAACAACCAUGAGAUAGGUGUAA